GACGACAACACCAUCGACGAUGACGACGUCAACGCCGACGUCAAUGACACCGCCAUGAGCGAUGACAUCGAUGAUGACGUGUUGCGUGAAAGGGACGAAGCGGUUUGGGCAGAAAAUAAACCCUCUUGCGUUCUAACGCUCCUCACCGAGGCGGGAGGCCGGGUGCGGCUGGGUUUAAAUUCUGAGCGAUGCCCAAUUCGCCACGAUCAGUCCGGUCGCGUUUAAGCGCCGGAGGUGCUUCUUGGAUUGGAGAUGGUCCGUUUGGUGGGGAUCGGAACAGUAGGGCACCGUCUCUGUCCUUCCGGAGCUUGGAUACUCUAACACCACCUUCAGAGAUCGGCACGAUUUCAUUAACGCCUUCUAAAUAAGCACGCUGCUUUCCAACCGUGGGUUUCUGGGCCGCGCCAGCUGGUGGUGCUGUCCCUUUACGGAUCACGUCUAGGAGGCAGAAAGGUCCCCAAACCGUCGGGUUCUGCUUGCAACGCUCCCGCUAGGGACAGCAAACCCUUCUCAAGGUCUGAAUAUCCGUUCGCGGCGGCGUUAAAGGAGCGAGAGCCAAAUUCUAAUGGGCUCUCCGGUCCUGCUGGUCCCUUCUGCCGUAAGUUACAAGGAGAACCAUGUUCACCGAAGCCCCAAUUCUACAUGGACGGGGGCGGUUGGAUGUAUGGGAUCAAGCUGUUGGAAGAAGCUUAGCUCCUUCGUUAGCAAUUCCGGAGCAUUAGUGUGUCGUUCGGUCCAUUCCCAGGAUCUACCCUUUUUAAGCAAACUAUAAAGGGGGCGAGCGACGAUGGGGAAGCCAGGGAUGCAUUUACGCCGAUAACCUAAAAUUCCCAGAACUUGCUGGAACUCCUUCGCGCUGGAUGGAUUCUGUCCACGCUCUAAUUUUUCCAGGGUAUCCUGAGGGACGGAAGCGGCUCCUUUAAGCCACCAGGCCCCCAGGAAUUUAACUUCCCCUUUCGGGUCCCCGACGCUUGGAGUCUGGGAUUUCCAAUCCCGAAGCCAGUAACGUCCUUCGGAUGUUUUCCAUCACGUCUUUAACGCUUUCUUGGUUUUCUCCCCCUUCUUGGGGUGGCGUCGAUACCUCGGGACACCGUGAAACGGGAAUCUCGGGCAGCACUUCGGCUCAAGCGCCGCGGGCAGGGGACGCUGCCGGACGUCGGCGAUUUUAGAGGGAGCCGAAAGUACGGAAGUUUCCCGUAGACCCGAUUUCACCGUGCCUAAUCCCUUUUCGCGUCCUGCGAAACGCCCCCCGCAGCCCCAUCUGGAAAUUUCCGCGGCGCGUCAAAUCCCAGGAGUCACCGCAAGGAAGAAAUAACUAAAAGCGCCGGAUUGAUCCUUGCCAUUGCUCCGGGGGGGGGAAAAAAAAAAUCCUCGAGUCUUGAAUUCCGCACGCGUCCGUUCCCGAGAAUCGCCGGUGGUGGUUUUGGUUGCCUAAGAGAAACAGACCAGCUUAUAAUUAUGUCCAUUGCAACCAAUUAAUGAGGCCUGCCGCCGGGGCGUGGAGGAGGCAAGUCCUUAACGAACACGCACCACCCUCUCCGUAAGAGCUGGUACCCGCUGUCCCCCCGCCCAAAGGGACCGGAGGGCUGGGUCCGUUGGGGAGGUUGAUGAUGCCUCCGGCCAUAAGUACAACAAAGGGCUGGAAGCCUGUUCCAGACCUGAAUAUUCUUCUGGCCGGCGCAGGUAUGGUUUCCGGCUCCUUUUUUUUUCCCCUUGGCUCCAGAAAUUUCCUUUCCGCAUCAUUUUCCGGUGCUGGGGACCGGAGGGGAGGAGAGGGAGAGGUCUUUGUCACGGGAGCCAGCACACAGCCUUGCCGUCCUGGCGCGCGUUAACCCUUGCUGAAGGAAGAAGAUUGAAGUCUCGGUCGCGCGAGGCUCCUUCGCGUCGUGGGGAAGGAGAGGCGCCGGCCGUGUCCGUCACUGCCCCCGGGGGCAAACGGUUCCCUCCUUCCUAGGGAGAGCCGAGACCCUUCCCCGCACGCCUCUUCUUGGGGACAACCGCGGCACCAGCAGCGGCAAAGCCUUUGCGGACCCUCCUCCCCCUCCUCUGCCUCCUCCUCCGUCUCCAGGCUGGAACUUCCCUGCCCUUGCGGUGGUCGCCCGCAGCCUGCUCGCGCGCAAGGUGGGUGACGCCGCUUUCUCCGCCGUGAAGAGGAGAAAGGGGACGCGGCCGAAGGGGGACGGCGCUUCCCAGCUGAGCUCCAGCCGCCGCGCCGUCACAGCUCCCCGCCUCGCUGCCUGCAGCCCCCCGGCCAGCCGUUGGCGCGUCCCCAGCCAACGCACACCGUCGUCGUCGUCGUCGUCAUCAGAGGAGGAGGAGGAGGACGACCAACACCAAAAAGGUCGGGAAAGGGUUUUUUGGGAGUAAGGCUCAAUCGAAUCCCCUCAGCAGCAGGCUACCUUGUACUUUCGGUGACCUGGCUGCUCUUUUUUCUUGCUGCCUGACGUCCGGGGAAAACCUUUUUUUUCCAUGGGGAACGACAACCAAACCCUGGGCGCGGAUUUCGUCUUCCUGGGCUUCUCCAGCCUAGCGGAACUCCAGAAGCUGCUUCUUGUGGUGUUUUUGCCGCUGUACCUGGUCACCCUGAGCAUGAACACCACUAUCAUGGUCAUCAUAUGUGCCGAUCGAAGCCUUCACACGCCCAUGUACUUUUUCCUUGGCGUCUUGUCGUUUUCCGAGACUUGCUACACCUUUGUCAUUGUCCCCAAAAUGCUGGUAGAUUUGACAGCGCAGAGAAAAACCAUCUCCUUCCUGGGCUGCGCUGUGCAAAUGUACUUCUUCCUUUUCUUGGGGUGCUCCCACUCCUUCCUUCUGGCAGCCAUGGGCUACGACCGCUGCGUUGCCGUCUGCCACCCCCUGCACUACAACGGCAUCAUGACUUGGAGAGCGUGCGCUCGGCUGGUGGCUGCUUCUGCUCUCAGCGGCUUGCUGGUUGCCCAGGUGGUUACCCCCUUGAUAUUUUCCUUGCCCUUCCAGGCGCCCCGGAGACUCAACCAUUUCUUCUGCGACAUAUCCCCCCUCCUCCGUGCAGCCUUCGCUCAUACAAACCUCAGCGAGGCCAUCAUCUUCACGCUGGGUGUCUCUGUCCUGACGAUCCCACUGGCGCUCAUCCUCAUUUCGUACCUGUUCAUUUUCUUGGCCAUCUCGCAGAUCCCUUCGGCCGCGGGGAGGCAAAAAGCCUUCUCCACCUGCAGCUCCCACCUGAUAGUGGUGGUUGUUCAUUACGUUGCCUCCUUCGUCUACCUGAGACCUGACUCCAGAUACUCCUCGGAUCAGGACGCGUUGAUCUCCGUCACUUAUACCAUCCUCACUCCUCUGCUCAACCCGAUGAUUUACAGCCUAAGGAACAAGGAUGUCAAAAUGGCUCUUCAAAAAGCAGUCAGGAAAAACACAUUAUUUCAGAAAGUUUUCCAGUGAAGUGGGUAAGAAAAGCCGCCUCCCGGCCGGGUAUUUUCAGCAAAAAACUUCCACUUCCAGAAAAACAUUGCCCUGUUUCCGUACAUCCUUUUUUUUUUCCGCUCGCGGAGAAGCUUUCAGGAACGACACGACAGCUAAUCGCGGCGGCUGCUAAGAACUUGGCAAUAAAGGUCAACAAAUCUGAGUCGCGGCGAGACCGAAAGCACGAACUCCAACGAAACACGAAUUUUUAAACUGGGAAGCCCAAAUUUUCACUCCACUGAUGGCAGUUUCUUCGGUGCAACUUUGGCGCGUGAACCGUUUACUGAAUAAAAACGUGGGUGU